AUGGCGCUUCAGACCGCUUUUGAACCGACGCUUACGUCGCCGGCCAUCGUCACCUCGCCACCGACAGCACAGUUCACACCCGGCCCCGGUUGCAUCGGCACGGAGGAUCACUGGGUUGUGGUUUCCAGUUGCUUUGCGGGCGCCGUCGGCGAUGUCUCUGGCCUGUACCCUUCUCCUGACUGGCUGACGUGCCAGUUGACGCAAUUCGGCCCUCCGGUAUUUGGCCCCGUAACAUCAUGUUAUAUGCCAUACUCGGCUGAGGCCACCGUGGACUACACCGAAUGUCCCUCCGGCUAUAGUGGAGCGACGACCAAGCACUACACGUACUCCGAUGGACUCUGGACUGACUACGAUAUCCAGUGCUGCCCAACACAAUACUACUUCAACGUCCGCGACCUCUACACCGGCGGUCUCAAGUCGUUCACGACGGAGCGCGAUGGGCUGACCUGGACGGGCGGAUACCCCGUACCGGGGUGCGCCGAAUCGUACAUAACGGAACUGUCGGGCAGCGAAAUCCCGGUGGUGCAGACGGCGUACAACACCAACGGGUGGGAGAAGCGGCAGCUGGUCAACGUGCCGUGA